UAAACGAAAAAAAAGAAGAUGAAGUCUGUGAAGUAACCUAUGUUAAUGAAAUUUUGAAAAUUUUUUUUUAAAGGUAGAAUGAAAAUCGCAAAAUUGUUAAUAAUUAACAAUAAUGAACCUUAAAUUGUCCAAAUUUUCAAAGCACCUACUUAAAAAUAAAUUGAAUAAAAACAUACUGCAUAGGUCCACUACGAUUAAAAAUGAAUUUUCUACUAUCACUAAACAAGAAAAUAUUGAAGCUGUCUCGAAUAAGUCAUUAUUCAAGAACAAACUAGUCAAUGGCCCAACUUUACAGACCUUUUUACAAAACCAAGACAGAAAUGAAGUCAACAUACCUCAAUCACAAGAUAUAAUUCCUUAUAUACAUAGCAUAUCAGGAUAUAAAAGAAAGGUGUUUUUUGAUGUUUAUGGCUGUCAAAUGAAUGUAAAUGACACUGAAAUCGUUUGGGCGAUAUUGAAAGAAAAUAAGUUUGAACGAACAACGGAUAUUACUGAUGCUGACGUUAUUCUCAUAGUAACCUGCGCUAUAAGAGAUAGUGCAGAAGAAAGAAUAUGGGGUAGAUUAGAUCAUCUCAAAGGAAUGAAAAAAAACAGAUCAAAAGAUAGACCGAGUCUCAAAAUAGGUAUUUUGGGAUGUAUGGCUGAGAGAUUGAAAGAGAAAGUUUUGGAAAAAAAUAUCAUGGUCGAUCUUGUAGCCGGUCCCGAUAGUUAUAGAGACCUUCCGAGAUUGCUGGAACUUACGUACAAUAACCAAAAAUCAAUAAAUGUUCUUUUGUCAUUGGAUGAAACAUAUGCUGAUAUAACUCCAGUUCGUCUUAAUGAGGACUCCAUAACUGCCUUCGUGUCUAUCAUGAGGGGGUGCGAUAAUAUGUGCACUUAUUGCAUUGUUCCCUUCACUAGAGGCAGGGAACGAUCUAGGCCUGUAUCAUCCAUCCUACACGAAGUGGAAGAGCUCUCAAAAAAAGGAGUCAAAGAAGUAACUUUGUUGGGUCAGAAUGUCAACAGUUAUAGGGAUACAUCUGUAGACACAAAAAUAGAUAAUGUAACAAGUUUAGCUAGUGGCUUUAAGACUGUAUACAAGUCUAAAAAAGGGGGACUGAGGUUCGCAGAUCUGCUGAAAAAAGUUGCUAGCAUCAACCCUGAGAUGAGGAUAAGGUUUACUUCUCCUCAUCCUAAAGAUUUUCCCGAUGAAGUUAUAGAAUGUGAAAUACAAAAUCACAUCUUGACCUUAUACGUUUCAUUUCACAGAUUAGAAAGAAUGAUACAAAUAUUCCGUCAACACGCUCUCAGACUAAACCAGUCCCAGAUAGGAAAAAAUCACCUUGUGUUAAUCGAAGGCUACAGUCGAAGAUCGAAAAAUUUUCUUCAAGGCAGAAACGAUCACAAUAUUAAAGUUAUCGUACCAGGAAACGAAGCUGUUCCACUCCUGAAUGGCAGUUCCUCCAGACAAAUGAAACCAGGAGAUUACGUUUCUGUGUAUGUAAAUGAUGCCAAUUCCCAAACUCUGAAAGCUAUCCCUCUGUAUCUCACUAGUCUCGAAGAUUAUUACUUAAGAAAAGAAGCCAAGCAUACUUAUGUUAUGUAAAUCCUUUAUUGUUAAGUUUUAAAGUAGUCUUUUGUUGUUAAAAUAAAACUUAUGAAAUGCG